UCAUGUUAAAUAUUGGAAAAAAAUGCUCUCUUCUCAGUUUUCCGUGUUUGUAAAGUACUCCUAAUAUCUAAUAACUGAAAUACCUUGUGUGUGGCAUUUCUCCGUUUGUUCACCGGCGAUCAUUGAUUCUGUGGUGGCUCGCUCAUUCUCCCUAUCUAGAAGGAGGCGGCUCUCCGUUUCGUAUUUGUCUCUUUCCGGUCCUCGACAAGGCUCCUAAACGUGAACUGCUGCGAAAGAUGGAGCAGGACCACUUGGCUGAGUCGCUCACUGACCUAUUCACAAAUGUUUCCACGAUGAUAAGAGGCGAGCUCCAGGAAACUAACAAUGUACUUGAACUUGUGGAGAAAAUGAAUACAAGAGUUGCUGAAGAAUAUAAAGGCUUUGGAGAUGUGGCUUCAGGAUUGACCAUCUUUGUGGAGCAAUUGAAGUGUAAGAGUGGCAGAUUUGACGAGUAUGUUCAACAGAUUGACACAAUUGAACAGCAAGUUACAGAAUUUGAAGCUGUAAUUUCGAUGCUUGACAAGUAUGUUUCACUGCUGGAAUCCAAAGUGCAAUCUGCUUACCAAAUUCCUCCACCAUGUUUUAUGUACUCAGGAUAGAGCUCUAAAUCACAAUGGUUACCUCCUUCAACCCACAACGGGUCAUAUUUUUGCUUACAUAGAUCAAACAGCUGCUUACCAUGGGAACAAUCCACAACAUCAUCUGCGGUGCCCUAGAAAUGUCAAGAAAGUCAUAUGGGGAUGUCAGCAGGCAAUUGUAGAAUCAAGCGCCACCAUUGCAGUUCUAAGGAGUCAAUACAUCCAAACUACAGGCCUUCUAUCUCAACCAUUCCCUCUGGUUUUGACUCAUUUCCUGAGGAUAGCUAGAUGAUAUAGAAUAAUGUUUUCCUGCUAUUAUACUAUUCUCUAGCUGGGUAAACGAUCAAUUGAAAAACGAGGGCAUAACUUCAUGAUUAAUUACUAAAAAGAAGACCUUUAUCAAUGAAAUCAUGCAAGGAAAAGAAAAAAAGUGAAGAAAGUAAAUUCCCAGAAAAUAGUGGUUAAGCGUAGGAGCUGACAGGGGAAGACUAGAGAAGGAGAGGCAUAAGGGAGUAAAUUGAAUUGUUACAUCCCUCGUGAGAUUUAUCCGACCUCUAAUUAGUUCCCCACAAAGAAUAAACCGCGACAUAGAAGUGACUCAUCAGUCCCUAAUCAAAGCUCAGAGAGUAACAAGUGAAUCAAUUUGGCUAAUUUAUUGACAGUUACUAAUCCAUGACAACAGAAAAAAAAA